AUGUCAUUUUUAAAGGAACCUAUCAGUAGAUUAAAAUGGGGGAUUUUCCCAACCAGAAGAAUAGUGGACGAAGAUGAAAAUGGAAAUUUCAUCAAUAAUGAUCUAGUUGAUGUUGAUAUUCGAGAUGAUAGCAAACUCGAAGGUGAAUCUGAUACAAUUGAUGGUGAUCCACCUAUUUUGGAAUAUCGUGAUGAGAAGGAUCGUCCAUGGUGGAAAUUUUUUGAUGAACUUGAAUAUAGAGUCACCAAUGAAUCUAAACUGAAGAGAAAAUUUUAUCAUUGGUUCCAUCCAGAUGAUACUCCAGAAGAACGGAGAGUUAUUUUAAAGAUUGAUCUUUUGCUAACCGUUUAUUCAUUGUUUGCAUUAUGGGUGAAAUAUUUAGAUCAGACAAACUUGAUAAAUGCAUAUGUUGGAGGUAUGAAAGAAGGUCUUCAUAUGCAAGGUAAUGAUUUUGUCAACACCCAAGUAAUGUUUUCAAUUGGUAAUAUUGUACUCCAAAUUCCUUUCAUGUAUGUUUUUUAUGCAAUGCCAUUGAAUUACUUUAUGCCAGCAAUGGAACUUUGUUGGUCCAUUUUAACAGUCUUGUUAUAUAAAUCAGGUAAUGUUGCUGGUUUAAAAGCGAUUCGGUUCUUAAUCGGAGCAUUGGAAGCACCUGCAUAUCUUUGUUACCAUUCUUUGUUUUCAUCCUGGUAUAAAGCUAGCACUGGAGAAAUUAAUCGGAGAGGAGCAUUCUUUUAUCUCGGACUGUACUUGGGUGUCUUGACGAGUGGUCUUUUAUCGGGUGCCAUUGAGAGAAGUAUGGAAGGAAUAGCUGGGCAUGAAGCUUGGCAGUGGAUAUUCAUAAUGGAUGGUAUUAUUUCUGUUGUUGUUGGUAUUUUUGGCUUUUAUAUUAUACCUGGUACCCCUGAAGAUUGUUAUAGUAUUUUCUUAACAGAUGAUGACAUUAGAAUUGCUAGAAGAAGAAUGAGACAAGACCAAAAGGAUCCUCGACCAAGAGAAAAUGUUACAAAAUACUUCUUUGAUCCUAAACUUUGGAAGAAAAUAUUUUCGUCAUGGCAUAUAUAUGUUGUGGCUAUUUGGCACUGUUUUUGUUGGAAUAAUACAAACACAACUUCAGGAGCAUAUGCAUUGUGGUUGAAAUCAUUAAAGGAUAAAGAUGGUCAACCAAGAUAUGGGUCGGGAAAAUUGCAAGACUACACAGCUUUGACUCCUGGUUUGGGAUUGAUUUGGUUGGCUAUAACGAGUCUUAUUGCUGAUUUAUUAAAGUCCCGGUGGGGUGCCAUUGUAUUUUCUCAGGUGUUUAACUUUACGGGAAAUGUAUUGCUAGCUGUUUGGAAUAUACCUGAACGAGCUAAGUGGUUUGCAUGGUGUAUGCAAUUUUUUGGUUGGGCAAUGGCUCCUAUAAUUUACGCCUGGCAAGGUGAUAUCUGCCGGAAAGAUAUCAGAGAAAGGCAAGUGGUAUUGAUUGUCAUGAAUAUCUUUGCACAACAAACAACUGCUUGGAUAGCCGUUCUUGUAUGGAAGACAGUUGAAGCUCCAAGAUUUUUAAAAGGUUACACUUUUACAGCAUGUAGUGCUGCUGCAUUAUGCAUUUGGACAAUGCUUGUAUUAUGGCUAUAUAAACGUCAGGAAAGAGCCAAUGCCAGAGGUAACGGUAUUUUUCUUUAUGAUUCUUCCAAACAAGAUGUGGAAGAGAUUCAAAUUCAUAUAGAAGGAGAAAAGUCAACCGCAUCCUGA